CACACACACACACACACACACACACACACACACACGCACGCAGUUAUGGCGAGGAUCACACCGCCGCCUCCGUUGCUGUUGAUGGUGCUAUUGCCGCUGGCCCUGAUUCUUGAAGGCGCACCAAACACCACUCUGGCUCCGGACUGUCCCGCUGACGUAAUAGUGAAGGAAGGAGUAACACGAGUUGUGUUCACCAAGGAGACUCAAUUAGGAAUUGAUACAGUGUGGAACGUGAAGCCUGGAAGUGAUAUUAAGAGUGUCCAUUUUGUGGUGGUGGGAAGUGAUGGCUCUCACCACACUGCCUGGUUCCCUGUCGAUGGAUGCUUCAACAACGAUGAGUGGUGGGACUUCACCGUGGGGACAUGGCUACACUAUUUUCGUUUCGGGUUUGUACUGAGGUUUGUGUCUGGUGAAUGCUGGAAGGGGUGCCAGUUCAACACUGCUCCGCCGGAACUCUACAGCCUCACCUUGGUGGCUCAUGGCAAUUCCAGUUGGAGAAAAUUUGACUGCGGAUCAAGACAUUCUAUUGACCAUGAAUGGCCAGAUUCAUUGCCUCCUUGCAUGGAACAUCCAUCCAGCAUCCCCACUUCACUACACACUACCGCUGUGAUGCACUCACCCAGCACCUCGAUCUUAGGCAUUGUGAUGGUGGCGGUGAUUGUGUUGUUGUUGUUGUGGUGGUGGUGGUGGUGGUGGUGGUAGUCUGUCGGAAGAAGCGUUUGGCAUCAUCAAAUACGGUGAGGUUCCAGUCCCAGCCUGGCGCUACCAGCCCCCACCUGCAGCUCACCGCUGGCCAGGGACGUGACCCAGACCAAGAUGAGGAACACAUCUAUUACGAAAUCAUGCCUGAUCUCUCAGAACGCCGAGUGGUGGUGCCGCUGCCUACACGGGACCCAGAGGAGCCCGUCUACGACGACGUGAUGCCUGAACGCACAGUGGGGUCUUACUCAGCUGUCUACUAGAUUGUGCCUCUUCCAAGCGGUGGUGCAUCCCCGUCACAGAUUCACGGAGGCUCCACGAAUUAGUGAGUCACGCAUGUACGACACGGUGGUAUAGGCAACUUGUACUACAGUCACGACGCUGUAAGGAACCCAGUCUCUGUGUUUUCUGAAGGAGCACAACAGCGCUCAUUUGUCACUUAAGUGUCUGUCAAUGAUGUGUCGAUUUGCUUAGCUUGGUUUGUUUUAGCAAAACUUUUCUUUGUUUGUGGCUUUGUCCAAGAGUAGCCUUGUAUGACUGGUGCAGCCAGUGACCAGUGUGCACUUCCUUCUGGGGCGUCGGGCCAAUCUACAUUCCCUGCACGGGUGCCGGGUGUCCACUCUCUGCUGGGAAGCCUUUGUUGCCUAGCAGCAAAUUACUUCAUUGGAGGGGGCUCCCUUGUGAUGACUUAAUUUGGGGAUUAUUUAAUCCCUUUUAAUCCCUGCUGGGACGCCGGGCCAGUGAGCACUCCGUGCUGGGACGCCGAACCAAAGUGGACUCCCUGCUGGAGCGCAGGGCAAGUGUAUAAUCCCUGCUGGGGUGUUGGGCUAGCUUGUACUCUCUGCUGUAAAAUUAUUUGCAAAGAUUCAGAAGUAAUUUAGCCAUUUUAUUCGUUAUUGUUGUAGACUGACUCUGUGUUACAAAAUCAAUUCAAUAAAAACCAAGGCUACUU